CGUGUACGCUACCAUCUUAAUGGUUGUACGAGUCAAAGCACUGUAGAAACAACGACUGCACAAUGGAUGGUUUUGAUAAAGAAGAAACCUUGAUACAAGAAGAUGAACCACCCAAACAAAGUUUUAUAGAAACGUUAAAGAGUGAAUUCAGGAUCGACACUUCGACUAUCUCUUACAAAGCGUUUUAUUUUUUAUUUUUCGCUGGUUUUGGUGCAUCGUUUCCGUACAUGCCAUUGUACUUUAGACAGCUUGGCUUAAACGCAAGCCUUGUGGGACUUUUGGCGGGAAUUCGUCCUCUAGUGCAAUUUGCCAGUGCUCCAUUUUGGUCGGUUUUGUCAGAUAAGUUCAGAGCCCGUAAAGCAGUCCUUCUCUUUUCAAUUCUUUCGUGGCUGGUUAUGACUUUGGCGCUUUUGAUCCCAAGACCUAAAAACACUGUUUGCAUCAAAGGUGGUACCGUCGUCCCUACAUCUGGGGGAAUCACGAUGAAUGAUGAUAUUCCUGAGUCAGAGACCGAAUUUUACCAAAAAUACCACACUUUGACCCAUUUACCAGCGGAGAAAAUGAAAUUCGUGCUUAAGAGUCAAACUGCAGGUUCAGUUGUUCAUAAAAAAGUUCGACGUUCAAACAGCACAAACGGUACUGAAAAUGUUCACAAGAAAAAGGCAGGAUUUCACUUGGUUAGAGAUCAACACGAGAUAAACUUAGUCUUUAUUUGGUUGAUGGUGCUUAUUGUAGUUGGAGAAUUCCUUGAAGCACCAACGUUUAUCUUGACUGAUACAGCUUUGCUUCAAAAGCUGCAAGAAAAGAAAAAACAUUAUGGUAAAACAAGAUUAUUUGGCUCUUUGGGAUAUGCAGUGGCAUCGUUUAUAGUCGGUGCUUUGUUAGAGUUAACUCGUUAUACAUACUGUGGUCAAUCCAUGAAUGACUAUAACUAUCUUUUCUACAUCUUUGCUGGAGUAAUGGCGCUGACCUUCAUUUUUGGUGCAGUACUCUUUAAAUUCAAUUACGAAGAUGAAGAUAACGGCGUUAAAAUGGACGAAUGUGCUGUAUGGAGGGUUCUACUUGAGCCAAAAUACGCUCUUUAUAUGCUGAUAGCAUGGUUUUUAGGAUUUAGUAAUGGUUUAAUAUUUAAUUUUCUCAAUUGGUAUCUGGAGGAUCUCGGAGCUACAAAACUCCUUAUGGGCUCUGCCACAUCUAUGAGAGCCACCGGACUUAUAAUAGCCUUUUUUCUCAAUUCGUUUAUCACAGACUGGUUUGGACAUGUUUGUGUCUCUCUACUGUCAAUCUUCUCGUAUUUGGUUUUGUUUAUAUCACUGGCUACGAUGAGAAACCCAAUGUGGGCAUUCCCUUUUGAAUUAUUGGAGGGACUUACAUACGGGACGUCUUGGGCUACUUGCGUGACGUAUAUGGCUGAGGCGACGCCAAUGAGUGGAGCUGCCACAAUGCAAGGAAUCCUUCAAGGUGUAUACUGGGGCCUUGGAGGUGGACUGGGAGCCAUUCUAGGAGGAGUAUUCAUCGACGAGUAUGGAGCUGUUCCAUCGUUCUUUUUUGGCGCUCUAAUGUCACUCGUGCUUCUGAUCUUGUUCUCAUUUGCACACUUUUGUGUUUCAAGAAACAGUAGACAAUCAAAGGGAUGGGAACCAAUUGAACUCAAAACAUCGUAGACGAGAUAAUGAGCUUGGGGAUUAGUCUAUAGAUUAGCCAUUAUACAGAAGCAUGAGCUCCUAUAAGCCUCGGCUUACGGACACAGCAUCUUAUAUGAAGGUAUAACGAUUGAGUGUCUCCAUGGUGAUGGAUUUAUUCCUUAUUACAAGAAAAUAAAGCAUUCCAUGGGAUUCAGUGGAGGUUUUGCUCACCGGAGACCCUUUUUACCGCGCGUAGGGUCCUUGUACGGCGAAAAACAAGUCUCAUUGUAAAUAUUGAUAAAUGCAAUUAUGCAAGUGAAUAAAAAAAGAUUAUUGCUUUUCCUUUUUUCCAGCUAAUUACGUGUAAUAAUAUGCUGAUUCGCCUGUUCCAUAGAUUGUCUGAAAAGCAAGAGAAAAUAGGCUAAGUUAGUCAUUUUCUCUGCUUGGGAGCAAUCAUUUCUAUGUAAUUUUAUGGAUUUUCAACAUUAUUAAUAAAAUUU